GGAUGUUAUACACAUCAUUAAAAAAUUAUUUUAGAAUAAUUUCUUCAACAAAAUGUAUAAUAUUUACGAAAUGAUCAAAAAUAAUAAUCCUUCAUAUUCAGUGGCCAAAGAUUACAUAUAACUUUAGAUUAUAAGUGAACGAUUAAUGUUUUGAAAAAAAUUUGUAGCUAUAACAAGAAAAGAAAAAUAGAAAUUGAAUAAAAAUUCAACAAAAAUGCAUUUUUGGAUUGAUAAACGUUCACAAGCUUGUGGAUUUGGGCGAUCACGUGUUGCUGCUUCUCUGUCGAACGCAGGCAGCUGUGGUGGCUAUGGACAUCAGCCGCCACGUCGUCAUUUAUCAUCAAAGACUACAUCUUUGCCACCACCGACAGUUCAUCGACAUCAAAAUCAAACGGAUCAUCGUUUUCAUAAUAAUAAUACUCGUAAUAAUACUAGUAGCAGUAGUAAUAAUAGUAAUAUUCAUAACAGUGAUAAUAGUUAUAACAAUAAUUUAAAUGGUGCUAAUAGCAGCCGACAUAAUAAUAAUUUACAUCGUAACAAUCGUUAUUGUAAUCAGCAACAACAGCAACAGCAGCAGCAACAACGUUAUUUACAACAACAGCAGCAGCAACAGCAACGAAAUCAAUAUGAGCAGCAAACACAACAACCGCAGCAAAAUUACACAACAAAUGAUAUUGCUGCUUAUAUUGAUGGUAAUGAACAAUUUUAUACAGUUGGUGGAUAUAUAAACGGAAAUGGUAAUUAUUGUAAUAAUCGUAGUUAUACAGCUACAACAACAACAAUAACUGACGAAAACAGCGUUAUGAACAAUCAUUAUUCAAGCCCUAACUUAAAUUCAAGUCCAAUAAUGAGUUCAAAUCCCACCAAUGAUAGCAAUAACAUUUUGAAUAAUUUGAACACAAGAAAUAAUUUAAGUAAUAAUAAUAACAACAAUAAUAAUAACAAUAAUAGCAAUGGAGUACCAGUUAACAAUAGCCAAAGAUAUCAUCAUGUCAAUAUAACACUGCCACAUGUUUACGGAAAUUCCCCAAACGCACAAAAUUUAGAACAAGGUCCAUUAGGUUUAAUGGGAGCACUAUCAACAUCUGCAAUUAAUUCAUCAAAUACAACUUUAGCUGCUCGACAACAAGCAGUCUCAGCGGCCAAUCAACAACAACAAGAGCAACAGCAUCAUCACCAUCAUCAUAUUGUUGAAAAUAAUGAAUCACAAUUAUUACCAUCACAUUUAAAAUGUGGUAUGUGGGCAUCAUUAGUGCUAGCAACAUUAUUUGUAGCCGGUGCAAAAUUUUACUUUGAUCAUCAAGGAACUGGUUUAGAAGUUUUAAUAUUUUGCGCAUUUUGUACAACAUUUUUUUUAGCAGCAUGCACCGUAUCAUUAUGUCGUUUUCCACGUGAAUUAGCUAGAACACCAGCAACUAGUUUAGAACAUGGUUUAGAUGUCAAUAGUAUAAAUGGUUCAAGUAGUGCAACAACUGUUAUAAAUGGUAUGAUCGGCUCUACAUUAAAUAUUCAGCAAAAUCGUCAACAACAAUAUUCACAAAAUAAUUACGAUCAACUUCAGCAACAACAUCAAGAUCAUAAUCAAUUACUGGCGAUUGCAUCAGCUGCUGCACCACCACCAUAUCAUAUUGCUAUACUAUUGCCAGAAACAACAACAAAAGAUAUUGUUGAAUUAGAUGAAACACCACCGCCAUCUUACGAUAAAAUAUUAAUUUAAUAUCGUUUUACAAUCACAAUAAUAAAUAUUAUUAUUAAAAAAAUAUAUUUAUUAAAAAAUUAUACAUAUUAUUGCUAUGUAAUUUGAAUGUGAAUAUAAGCAUUUUUGAAAAUGUUUAUUAACAUUUCUAUUUGUGUGAUUUUAUUGUCAAAACAAUAUUGUAUAACAAAAUUUAAUUAGCUAUAUACUUACAUUUAGUAAAAGGAAAAAAAUAAACGUGUAAAUGUAAAAUUUAUCCAACAUUUAUAAAAAAAAUUAAAAUUAUUAAAUAAGUUGAUAAGUAAACGUUAAUUUAAAUCUUAUCAAGUAAAAUUAAGUGAAAAAUGAAGAAAAAAAUAUAGCUGUGUAAUUUUACAUAUUAUUCUAGAAUAUUAAAUGUAUUUAAAAAAAAUUGUUAAAAUGGUGCCAAAAAAUGAAGAAAAUUUUUUUUUUUAAAAUCAUUAACCAUAAAAUUGUUAUACAAAAACUUUUAGUUUAUUUUUUUGAAAUGGAUUCGUU